GAUUAUCCUAUCACUAAAAAAAUACGUCUUCUUAACACUAGACCCGAUAGGCGAUACUAACAAGUUAGUUCUGUGUUUCAGUUAACAGGCCAUCUCCUAAAUGUAGAUGUCAUUUGCAUUUGAGAUUUCAGACUAGUGCCCCAUGUCAAAGAAAUUCUAGAUCCAUCUGUGUACAAUACAAGACCGAGAGAAUACCCCUUGGAAUGGCAGACUGUUCUGAAGGUGACUUUGUCAUCAUAGGAGGUGGUGUGGCUGGGGUAUCUUGUGCAGAGCAGCUGGCCCACCUCAGUCCAGAUCGCAAAAUUAAGCUGUUCACGGCAUCCCCCCUCCUCAAGGCUGUUACCAACUACAAGAAGGUUUCCCGUGCCUUAGAAGACUUUGACGUUGAAGAGAAGCCAUCUCAAUGGCUGGAGGUCAAAUGCCCCAAUGUAGAGGUCAUCAGGUCAGAGGUCAAAGGACUUGACUCGGAGAAGCAUCUCAUCAAGAUGGAAGAUGGUCAUCAGAUUGGCUACUCCAAGAUCUGCGUCUGUACGGGAGGGAGCCCCAAGCUCAUUGCAGCAGAUAACCCAUAUAUUUUAGGAAUCCGAGAUACAGAGAGUGUGAGGACGUUACAGAAGCACUUGGAAGGAGCGAGGAGAAUCGUAGUGGUUGGAAACGGGGGCAUAGCAACCGAGCUGGUGUACGAGGUGGAAGGAUGCGAGGUGAUCUGGGCUAUCAAGGAUAAGUCCAUCUCCAGCACGUUUGUGGAUGCUGGAACAGCAGAGUUCUUCCUGCCCCACCUCGCAGAGGAAAAGAAGACAGCAGACCAAGGGCCUUCAAAGCGGCUGAAGUAUUCAGUAACCAAAUCUUCGGAGGAUGACCCAAGGAAAGAGGCUGGUGUUAUGGGAAGUGCGCUCGGCCCUGAUUGGAGCUCUGGUUUAAACAUGAGAGGUCAAGGGUCGCAGUCACAUUCUGUUCAUGUGGAAUUCAAGUGUGAGAUUCAAGAGUUACUUACUCCUGAAGAAGCCAAGAAGUUGGGGAUCACUGAAACUGUACCUGACAUUGGCGGUGCUGCAUCCAACCCUACAAACUCCUGGCCCGUUUAUGUCAAACUUACAAACGGCAAGAUAUAUGGAUGUGAUUUUAUUGUGAGUGCAACAGGAGUGACACCAAACACAUAUAUCCUCUCGGACGUACCGAAUCUGAAACUUGCCCAAGAUGGCGGUAUCGAGGUCGAUGAUCACAUGAGGACUAGCGUUGCAGAUGUUUAUGCUGCGGGUGAUGUCUGCACCCCAACGUGGGAUCCCGCUCCAAACUGGAUCCAGAUGCGACUGUGGUCGCAGGCUCGUCAGAUGGGCGCGUAUGCCGCGAAGUGCAUGGUGGCCGACGUGGACGGAGAGACGAUCCCGCAGGACUUCUGUUUCGAGCUGUUCGCCCACAUUACGCGGUUCUUCGGUUUCAAGGUGGUCCUGCUGGGGAAGUUCAACGGCCAGGGACUGGGAUCCGACUACGAGGUCUUGCUGCGGAUGACGAAGGGCGUGGAGUUUGUGAAGCUGGUGAUGCACGAGGGAUUGAUGAAAGGCGCCAUCUUGAUAGGAGACACAGACCUUGAAGAAACCUUUGAGAAUCUUAUCCUGAAUGAGAUGGAUUUGAGUAGAUAUGGAGAGGACUUGCUAGAUCCUAACAUUGAUAUUGAGGAUUACUUUGACUAGCUAAUCAUGAUUGUAGACACUGACCUUUGACCUCAUAAUCUUAUUCUGAAUAAAAUGGAUUUGAAUAGGUAUGAAGAGGACUUGUUAGGUCCUAACAGCGACAUUGAGGAUAGUUUAUCCAGUACUUGACAUAAGUAAAACCACACUGUUUUAUUCAGAUUUUAUACUUUUGAGCUCUAUAUUCAAUUUUUUUUUUACCUGUCAUGCAAAAAAUGAAAAAACAUUUUGUGAUCUAUGACAUUACAUUAUCGGAAGCUUUUAAUUACUGAAUUAAGAGUAUUUGUGGAAUACUAUUAAGUUUAAGGAGGGACUUGUGGUUCUUGCAUUCAUUAUCUACAUGUGUCUUGCUUAAAUUCAUUUAAAGUCGCUCAUGCAUGGGUAUAUAGAAGGCAGCACAGCUUUUUACGCACUGGAGUGUUAUACCCGUUGGCUUACCCUGGUUAACCCCCAGACCCCCUCAAACUGCUACUAGAUGCAAUCUUUUGGUAUCUACAAUGUACUUACAAUGUAAUGCAUUAAGAGUGCAAUAUUUUGUUCAGGAAACAAAUUUACUAUUUUAAGAAUAAAUAUAUUAUACAAUUUUUCAGAGAAGAAAUAAUGUGUCUGUAUUCUUUAAUCUA